GGGGCUAGGAGAGCACGGAGAAACCCCUGCAGCUCCCACCUGAGCAGUCUUCCGGGAAGAUGUGGCCUUCACUGUUCCUGAUCCUGUUGGCCUUUUUGCCACCCCCCGGGGCAGAGGCAGGGAAGAUCAUCGGGGGACAUGAAGCCAAGCCCCACUCCCGCCCCUAUAUGGCCUAUGUUCACAUUAAAGACAAGACGGAGAGCAGGUGUGGCGGUGUCCUUGUGGAAGAGAACUUUGUCCUGACAGCUGCUCACUGCAAAGGAAGGUCAAUCAGUGUCACCCUGGGGGCCCACAACAUCAAGAAGCAGGAGAAGACCCAGCAGGUCAUCCUGGUGAAAAGAGCCAUCACCCACCCAGACUAUGAUUCUAGGAAGAUCUCCAAUGACAUCAUGUUACUGCAGCUAGAGAGAAAAAUCAAGAAAACGAACGCUGUGAAGCCCCUCCACCUACCCAGGAGCAGGACCUGGCCGAGGCCAGGACAGGAGUGCACUGUGGCCGGCUGGGGGCGUGUCGCCCCUAAGGGCAGGCUCCCAGACACCCUGCAGGAGGUAGAGCUGACCGUGCAGCCGGACCAGGUGUGCGAGGACCACUUACCCCGUUAUUACAACAAGACCAUUCAGCUGUGCCUGGGGGAUCCGACAGAAAACAAGGCCUCCUUUCAGGGAGACUCUGGGGGACCUCUCAUGUGCAAGAACACGAUCCAGGGCAUUGUCUCCUAUGGAAACAAGAAUGGGAAACCACCUCGGGCCUACACCAAAGUCUCGGUUUUCCUGCCCUGGAUUAAGGAGACCAUGAGAAGCCUCCAACGGCAGGAACUAGACGAUCUUCUCUGGAGCUAA